UGGACCUCGGUCCGCGGGGAUCUAUUCGUGUCCUAAUCUUCAUUGACAACUCGAAGUGGGGGUGUUAAUGGCUCCUGCGAAGAAGAAGAUGCACACAUGAUAAGGAUGAUGAGCAUGCGCCCCGAAAUGUCCAUCGUCGGUGCGUAAAGCGUUAAUUCUAAUUGCUGGGACCGGUCUGCCACGCCCCGCCCCCUCGGCUGUCUCCGGCGCUGCUCUUUAAAUAGCAGGUGUUUAAAAGCUCCUGCACUCCAUUCUCCGUUUCGUUGCUUGCAUCACCACCCACCACCACACACUCUGUCAGUCCCACUCAUUCACACCACAUACCUCAGCAGCUAAAGCAUCUCCCCCCCCAAAAAACAUGUCCUCUGUCAGCACCGAGACGAGUGCUUCGCUGUCCGCCGCGGGCAGCCGAGUGUUUUUCCAGCCCCCGACCGGCGUCGGAUGCGUCGGUUCGGCGGUUCCAAUCACCCGGGACGACCCAGUGCAGAGGAAGCAGGGGAAGGUGACGGUGAAAUACGACAGGAAGGAGCUGCGGAAGAGACUGGUCCUGGAGGAGUGGAUCAUCGAGCAGCUCAGCGAGCUGUACGACUGCGAGGAGGAAGAGAUGCCUGAGGUGGAGAUUGACAUCGAUGACUUGCUGGAGGUCAGCGGUGAAGACGAACGGGCCGUCAAACUGCAGGAAUCACUAACAGAUUGCUACAAACCAACAGAGGUAUUCGUGCGUGACCUGCUGACUCGGAUAAGAGGAAUGAGGAAACUGAGUGCUCCCACCAAGAAGGGUCUAUAAUGCCUGGACCAGACCAACCCCUCUAGUCUGCCCCACGACCGUACAUUAACCCCCACAUCCACUCGGCUCAGACUGUCAGACACCACGGACCACCAUCACAUGACCACACGCUCAAGGAUUCACAACACAACCCGUCCACAGCCAUGAAAAUAUUACAAUUAUAACAACAUGUCACAUCCUGCUUAUAGUCCUUGUAUCAAACCCAGCGGCACAUAUGCAGGUGAAAGCGGGUGUUUCUUUCACAUCUAUCACAUUUUAAUAAAGGGCCAGGCUUAUCGUAGUACACUGGUGGAGGUAAACCCGUAAUCACACCAGGAAACAUCUCGCUGCAGUUUUAACGCGUAGCACAACACACCACACACACGCACAAACAUGCAAAUGCGCGCACAGACACACACACGCACACACACACACACACACACACACACACUCCGCAAGUAAGCCAAGCACAGGAAACAUGCUUAGAGAGUUAGCCGUACGCUAUUGAUGUUAGCCGUGCCUCAACAUAAAGAGUGUCUUUAGGUGUACUUGUGGCACUGUGAACACAGUAAUUAUGGACUUUUUAUCUGGGGUUUUUCGCCAAUGUACGUCGUCCGGGCGACAUCAGGCCAAAUGUGGUCUUCUGUGUAAAAAUAAUUGUUUCACCCUGUUUCCCGAAUCAACAUUUCACCCUUUGCAAAUCGGUCUUUCUAUUAUAACAACAUUUUUUAUUGUUAUCAUUAUUAUUGACGUUGUUUUCUAUUUAUUGAGUAGUUGCUGGUGACGUGGUACUACACCCCCCUUCCUGUCUCUCUAUCAUUAAAGGUAUACACUGAAACAAAACACGGCCGUGAAGAGGCAGACAUUGUUACCGACCAAACACCCCACAGAAGCCUGUCGCACACACACUCUUCUAGACAACACUUUCACUUUGAAAAAAAACUGACAAAAAAUAACAGGGCAUGAUGGGUUUUGAAGUGCUCCGAAAACGGAGAGAGAGAGUGACUUCAAAACCUGCAUGACUGGAAGCCCUGAGCGCCUUCCAUAACACCCAUCGCAGGACUUCCCCCCGACAGCCGCACAAUCUGAUCGCAUAUCAGUUGGUCUCAGUUUGUGGGUUUAUUUUGGAGAGGCUAUCGUUGAGAGGUUUCCUCAGCACGCCACCGCGUCUCAUAUAGCUCUACUACCUUCCCUUCACUCGGACCCGGAUGAGGUGGCCUUGAAGGAUGUCUGAUUGAGGUUCACGUUUUUAAAAGAGCCGGCAGGGAAGCUUUGAUGAACUUCGAUAUUUAUAGGUAAAGAUAUAUCGAAUAUAGGGUCUGUGCCUGAGGAUGGUAACCUAUGCCCUUCAACCAACGCAUCAGCCAAUCACAGCGAGGGGCUAGGAGAUAACGGAGGCGUGCCAAAACAAAGGUUUAAAAAUAAUGCUAUUCCCUCAGAGGUCAGGCAGGUAUUUCCCUAUGACUUUUUCAAAGAGUGUGUGAGUACUGUUUGUUAAAGAGAGGUUGUUUUUUAAAAGUCGAAUACCGAACUACCGGAUACAGAAAGUAUAAGCUUGGAAACAAUUUCCUGUUGGUAGAAACUGGUUUAAACGUUGCAUCGUGUCAGAUUACAAGGGGGGGACUUUAGAUACAUGUCGUUAUUAAUAUCUCAAACAUCUGUACGUACGCUUAUUACUCUGAAAUCUUGGAGUUGGCCGGGUUUUAUUUCACAUACUGGUCAAUACUUAUAAGACCAUAAUGGAAAGAAAUCCCUUGAACCUGCCUACUAUUCCCUCAGUUGCCAAAGACAAAAAAAAAUAGGGCAAUGUUUAAACUGAACAUGAAGCUCAAAAAACUAACUGGACUUGCAUGCUAACAAUGGAGAAAACAUUAAUAUAAAAAAAGAAAGAAAUGAAUAUAUUAUGAACUUAUACUCAUGCAAAAAUAAACGUUUUUAACAUAGUUCUAUUUAACUUUGUAGGAUUCAUGUGUUUUUAACGGCGCUGCUUUCACGCUGCGAACAAGCAAAAACUAGGACAUUUUAGAAAUGGUGCUGUUUUCUGUUGAAUGUUUUGUUUAGUUCUUCCCGUGUCUGGGGAAAGAUUGAGGCUUUUUCUACGUUCAUCGGUUGGUUCGUUGAAACCGUGAGUCCGCCUUUAACAAUCUACAUGUUACAGGAGUCAUAUAUGAUUCAGAAUGGUCAGAAGUAGCUUCUUUACUUGUUUUGAACACAACCAGUGUGAGAGUUUGUGUUGGAUCUGUGUUUUUUUUUACCCGAUGUGUUUUCAUGAUCAGAAAACUCGAAAAUAGAAGAAGAGGUGCGAUUCUAAACCCCCAGAGACGCGUUUGUCACGUUAUCGUUGAACCCAUGGGGAAUUUCUCGUCCAUGAUUAUUACGAUGGAAAUAGGCUCAUACAUUUGAAUUUAUACAUUUGAUAGUUCAUUUGAUCUCAUGUGUGAGCGAUUAGUAUUUCUAGAGCAUCCAUUUUAGAAAGCUUUACGUUUGCAUGUAUGAAAGUAGCAUGAUGGGAAGCAAUAUCAUUUUAUGAUUGUUGAACCCUUUUCUUUUCAUACCUCACUUUUAUUGUGAAUAAGAUAUUCUCCAUUUUUUUCCUGCCGUUUUUUAAGUUGUUCUGUACAUUCACAAGCGAUUUCGUUUAUAAAAAAGUACUAUGUGUGUGUGUGGUCUUGUUUUUUUGCCGAUAAAUAAAAGGAGAGUGACUCUG